UGGAACCAGAUGACAGGAUGGUCAAAAUUAGCACUAGAAGUACUAGUUCUGACAGCCAGAUUUUGAUGCUGCAUGAUAUACAAAUAUAGAUUUGAACUUCACAAAAUACAGAGGAAUCAAGUUCAGCACUUUGCUGUAUCAAAAUGUCCUCCGAUAUUUACGCCAAAGUACAGCUGCCCCAGAAGGUGAGAUAUACCAGAAAAGAGCAAGAGAACAGAACAGACUGGGAGGACAAGGAGGUAAAUAUCUACCAGUCUGCAGAAGACGUUGAUGAUUACUACUCCGUUUCUCAGCCACAGGAAGAAGGUCAACAGACACAAAGACAACCAGCUGUGAGGAAAAGUUCCUCCAGAAGAGUAAAACUCUGCAAAAUGCUGCCAUGGAUUGCAGUGUCAGUUGCCAUCAUCAGCCUGACCAUAUGCUUCACUCUGGAAAUCAUCAAACUGAAGAACAGCCACAGCCAUCUGUCAGAAAUGACAGCCAACUACAAUCAGCUACAGAACAGCUACGAAAUACUCAGCAAAAAUCACAGUCAACUGACUGAUCAAGUAAACAGAUUGAACAAAACGAUUACAGGAAAGUGGUGCCCAGAUGGAUGGACCAGAUUUGGAUGCAGCUGUUACUUUAAAGGCGAGGAGAGAAAAACUUGGUAUGAUAGCAGGACAUACUGCCAAAACAGAAGAAGUGAUCUGGUGAUCAUAAACAGUAAAGCUGAACAGGAAUUUAUAAAAGAGUUUAAUAAAAAUGGAGAAUCUUGGAUCGGUCUUCAAUACAAGCAGAUAAGUGUGCAAAGGACGUAUGAUUGGAAAUGGGUGGAUGGAUCACCACUGACACAAUCGUUUUGGGGAACAGGAUGGCCAGAAUAUGACCAGUACCAGUCAUAUGCAGUAUGCUGCGAUUAUGGAGGGAAAUGGAAACAAGACUAUUAUGACUAUUACAACAACUGGAUUUGUGAAAAAUAAAGUGUCAAACCAGAGAAAGUAAACACCACCAUAUUUUUUUUAAAAUGAUGUUUAGGAUUUUUGAGUCACAGCUCAUUGUUUAAAGUUUCUUUCUAAGGUUUCUGCAGAGGCACAAUGUAACCAAAUGACAGCAGAUGAUGUUUUGAUUUAGUAUGAUCUGUAGAGUAUUUUUAACAGACUGAUAUAAGUUAUGAGUUCUUAACUAUUUUUCCUUUAUUGUUAAACUCACAGAUGCAUGGAAAUCAUAUACAUAUUUUUAUGGUGAAUUUUGUCAGUGUGUGACAAAGAAAAAAAAAUCAACCUUUACUGGAAAAUAGUAACAGGAAAAUAAAUUCAGGUGGUAGCUUUUAAAUGAUCUACUUUGAUGUAGGUGCCAUUUGCUUUGCAAAGCUUUGUCAUUGUAGUAAAUAUUUUGACAAAUUUAAGAAUGAACUGUAAAGUUUCAACAUGGACACAUUAAAUAAACCACAUUCUAAAAUUGUAAAUGUAGAAGCGAUUUUAUUUUCCUUUCUUUAUCCAUGUUGUAUAAUCUAUGUGUAGUCAUUAAAUAAAUAAGGACAUUUUUAA